GGUCCUGCCAAACUCGAAGGUUUUUCGGCGGGUGCCCAGUUACGAAAAUAACGAUUUACAAAAGAUAAAUAAACUGAGACAAAAUAAAUAUUAUAUAAUUCAUUGUGAUUCAGUGAGACUAUACAACAAUAUUGUAAUGUAAAUUAUUUUCUCUGGAAUUACUAUUGAUAACGUUUUGUAAUUAUUUGAUUCGAUUUAUGUUUGCAGGCUUGCACGGUCUCCCCACAAGAACUGGUAAACUCAAGGACCUGCAGCAUUUCGAUGCCACCUUUUUCGGUGUGCAUGCCAAGCAAGCGCAUGUCAUGGACCCUCAACUCCGUAUGCUGCUCGAGUUGACACAUGAGGCUAUUGUCGAUGCUGGUAUCAACCCAGCUGAUGUUCGUGGAUCUCGCACUGGUGUAUUUAUUGGUGUGUCGGCCAGUGAGUCCGACGAAUUCUGGACCAUGGACCCCGAGAAAGUCAACGGAUAUGGUCUUACAGGUUGUUGUAGGGCUAUGUUCCCCAACAGAAUCUCUUACACUUUUGACUUCAGUGGCCCCAGUUACGCCAUUGACACAGCCUGCUCGAGUAGUAUGUUCGCUCUGCAGCAGGCCUACGCCGCCAUGAAGUCAGGCCAGUGCGACGCCGCCAUUGUGGGAGGAGUCAACCUCCUCCUCAAGCCCACCUGCUCCCUGCAGUUCCACCGACUCAGCAUGUUGUCGCCACAGGGCAUGUGCAAGGCUUUCGACAGCUCAGGUAACGGGUACGUAAGAAGUGAAGCCGCCGUAGUGAUCUACCUGCAGAAGGCCCAGGACGCCAAGCGUGUGUACGCCACCAUUCUGAACGCCAAGACCAACACUGACGGCAACAAGGAGCAGGGAAUCACCUUCCCGGCCGGCCGCAUGCAGAACAAGCUGAUCCGCGAGACCUAUGCCGAGGCCGGCGUCAGUCCAGCUGAUGUCGCCUAUGUUGAGGCCCACGGUACCGGAACCAAGGUUGGUGACCCACAAGAAGUGAACUCGAUCGCAGACUUCUUCUGUAGCAAGGACAGGUCAUCGCCGCUGCUGAUUGGAUCUGUGAAGUCGAACAUGGGCCACUCGGAGCCAGCCUCUGGACUCUGCUCCAUCGCCAAGAUCCUUAUCGCCAUGGAGAACGGACAGAUCCCAGGCAACCUCCACUUCAAGAGCCCCAACACCGACAUCCCCGCUCUCAACGACGGACGUCUGCAGGUUGUCCACAAGAACUGGCAGUGGAACGGUGGUAUCGUCGGAGUGAACUCGUUCGGUUUCGGAGGUGCCAACGCCCACGUCAUCCUGCGCUCCAACCCCAAGCCAAAGGUGCCCGCCACCCCCGACCCACUUCCCCGUCUCGUCCCCAUCUCCGGUCGUUCUGAGGAGGCUGUCAACGCCAUCUUCGACAAGCUGGAAACUCUGCCAAAGGACGACGAAUUGUUCGCUCUGUUCAACAACAUCCACAGCUCCAACAUUCCAGGACACGGUUACCGUGGAUACGCUCUUCUCGGCGACAAGCCACAACGUGAAAUCGAGGUGUUCAACGGAGACAAGAAGCCAGUGUGGUUCGUGUUCUCGGGCAUGGGCAGCCAGUGGGCCGGUAUGGGCCGCGACCUGAUGGUGCUCGAGCCAUUCGAGAAGGCCAUCAAGAAGUGCGCAGACGCACUGCGCCCUGAGGGACUCGACCUCCUCAACAUCAUCCUCAAGGGAGAUGACUCCACCUUCACCAACGUCCUCAACUCGUUCGUGUCCAUUGCUGCUAUCCAGGUGGCUCUGGUCGAUGUUUUGAACUACGUUGGCAUCCACCCUGACGGCAUUGUCGGUCACUCUGUGGGUGAGUUGGGUUGCGCCUACGCUGAUGGCACUUUCACCGCCGAACAGACCGUGUUGGCCGCCUUCUGGAGAGGUCGCAGCAUCCUUGAGUCCAAACUCCCAGCUGGAGCCAUGGCUGCUGUCGGUCUGACCUGGGAAGAGACCAAGGCCCGCGUGCCAGCCGAGGUGAUCGCCGCCUGUCACAACAGCAACGACAGUGUGACCAUCUCCGGUCCACCCAAGCAGCUGAGCGAGUUCGUGAAGCAGCUGCAGUCAGAGGGCAUCUUCGCCAAGGAGGUCGCCUCCAACGGAGUCGCCUUCCACUCCAAGUACAUCGCCGACGCCGCACCCAAGCUCAGGGCCAGUCUUGAGAAGCUGCUGCCAAACCCGAAACCCCGUACACCAAGGUGGAUCAGUUCAUCGAUCCCCGAGGAGGCCUGGGGCACCGCCCUGGCACAGAGCUCCUCUCCCGCCUACCAUGUCAACAACCUUCUGUCGCCCGUGCUCUUCCACGAGGCCAUCCAGCACAUCCCCGAAAACGCCGUUGUGUUCGAAGUGGCACCUCACUGCCUGCUGCAGGCCAUCCUCAAGCGCUCUCUGGGCCCCAACUGUGUCAACAUCGGCCUCUCCAAGCGCGGCCACGCCGACAACCUCAGCUUCCUGCUUAGCAGCAUUGGAAAAGCUUUCAAUGCCGGUACCCAGCCCAAUGUAGGCAAGCUGUACAAUCCAGUCAAGUUCCCAGUGUCCCGCGGAACUCCAAUGAUCCAGUCCAUGAUCAAAUGGGACCAUUCCACCGAAUGGAGUGUUGCUGAUUUCUCUGGAAAGGGAGGCUCUCGCUCUGGAGAAUGUGUGAUCGAAAUCGACCUGAGCAAGGAAGCUGAUGCUUACCUGGCUGGUCACGCUAUUGAUGGACGUGUCCUUUUCCCAGCUACUGGAUAUUUGACUCUUGUAUGGAGAACAUUCGCCAAACUGCAAGGCCUUUCCUACGAGGAGACCCCUGUCAUCCUAGAGAAUGUGCAGUUCCACCGUGCUACCAUCAUGCCCAAGGAAGGGUCAGUGAAGUUCCUGAUCAACGUGUUCGACGGCACGGGUGACUUUGAGCUGUGCGAGGGCGGUUCCGUGGCCGUGUCUGGCAAAGUGCGCCUGCCCGAGGACAUCGCCAAGGAGCAGCUGGAGCUGAGUCCGCCCAGUGUGGCCAGCGCCAACAUCUCACUCGACACCGCCGACAUCUACAAGGAGCUUCGUCUGCGUGGCUACGACUACACCGGCAUCUUCCGCGGAGUCAAGGAGUCUGACAACAAGGGAGUGUCUGGCAAACUGGAAUGGAUCGGCAACUGGAUCAGCUUCAUCGACACCAUGCUGCAGUUCUCCAUCCUGGGUCUGUCGACCCGCGAGCUGUAUCUGCCAACUCGCAUGCAGCGCGUCAUCAUCGACCCCAAGAAGCACAUGCAGUACGUCGAGUCUCUCCCAGAGGGCUCAGGUGUGCCAGUGCACAUGUACCGUGACAUAGACAUCAUUAAGGCCGGAGGCAUUGAGCUGCGUGGAAUGAAGGCAUCUCUUGCCCCCCGUAGGCAGCAGAGCCAGGCAGCUCCCAAACUCGAACAAUACGUAUUUGUGCCCUACGAAUCUGACAAGGUAAUUAUUGUUGUUCUCUUGUAUCUAAAUGCAUCCAUUGAAACUAACAAUUCAAUGGGGUUCCUUGCAAAUAAUUCUUUAUUAUGUGAUGGAUGUGAUGGGCAGGUGGAAAUGGUGGUGCUGUCUGACUCAGACGAAGUGGCCGCCUCACUGGAGCCACUCGGCGUGAAGACAGUGAAGAAGAACCCGGCGGCCGGCCCGGUCGACCAGAACUGCCACCUGGUGGUCGCCUGCGACCAGAUCGCCGCCACCGGUGUCGUCGCCAACAUGGCCGCCGCUCUCAAGCCCGGCGGCUUCCUGUUGUUCGCCGAGAACAGUUCGCCAGCCCCGGCCGCCAUCAAGCAGACCGGCCUCGAGGUCGUCGCCAAGCUGCCAGCCGGCAGCAAGACUUUCGUGGUUGAGAAGCCAGCUCCAACAGUGAUCAACGUGACCGAGAAGAACUUUGAGUGGGUUGAAGAUCUGAAGGCUGCACUGAAGGCCAGCGAGAACGAGGGCAAGCACUACCUGCUCGUGUGCCAGGGAGAGGAGACCACUGGAAUGGUCGGUAUGAUGAACUGCAUCAAGCAGGAGCCAGGCGGCAACAAUGUCAGAACUGUUUUCAUCCAAGACGCGAAGGCACCAGCGUUCUCACAGAGCGCUCCCCAGUACGCCGCCCAGCUGAAGAAGGACCUGGUUCACAACGUGCUGAAGAACGGCGUGUGGGGCAGCUACCGACACAUCCGCCUCAGCAACCCCUCCGACGAGGCCUCCCUCCAGGUCGAGCACGCCUACAUCAACGCGCUCACCAGAGGUGACCUUGCCAGUCUCCGCUGGAUCGAGGGACCGCUCACUUUCUACAAACCAGAAAACCAUGCCGACAAAGAAAUGUGCACCGUCUACUACGCUCCCCUCAACUUCCGUGACAUUAUGUUGGCUUCAGGAAAACUGCCCCCAGAUGCGCUGCCAGGUGACUUGGCUGGACAGGAUUGUAUCCUUGGUCUGGAAUUCACCGGAAGGGACACUAAGGGCCGCAGGGUGAUGGGUAUGAUUGCCGCCAAGGGUCUGGCCACCACCGUUCUCGCCGACCCCGGAUUCCUGUGGGAGGUGCCAGACAAGUGGACGCUUGAGGAAGCCUCAACUAUUCCAGUCGUCUACGCUACCAGCUACUACGCCCUGGUUGUGCGUGGUCGCAUGAAGCCAGGUGAAUCCCUGUUGGUCCACGCCGGUACCGGAGGUGUGGGUCAGGCGGCUAUUGCCAUCGCACUCCACAUGGGCUGCACCGUCUACACCACAGUCGGCAGCAAGGAGAAGAGGGACUUCCUCAAGAAAACUUUCCCACAGUUGACAGACGCUAACAUCGCCAACUCACGUGACACCAGCUUCGAGCAGCACAUCAUGAAGCAGACGAAGGGCCGUGGUGUUGACCUGGUGCUCAACUCACUCGCCCACGAGAUGCUGCAGGCCUCAGUGCGCUGCCUCGCCAAGGACGGUCGCUUCCUCGAGAUCGGCAAGCUCGACCUUUCAAACAACACCGCUCUUGGAAUGGCGUUCUUCCUGAAGAACACGACCUUCCACGGAAUCCUGCUGGACGCUCUGUUCGACGCGGGCAGCGACAACGAAGACAAGAAGGCCGUCGUCAAACUGGUCACCGAGGGAAUCAAGAACGGCGCCAUUCGCCCACUCCCAGCCACUGUCUUCGCAGAGGCCCAGGUUGAGCAGGCUUUCAGGUUCAUGGGAUCUGGAAAGCACAUCGGUAAGGUCGUACUGAGGGUCAGAGACGAAGAGAAGGAAAAGAAGAUCGUCCCUAAGCCAAAACCAGUCAACGCUAUCCCAAGGACAUACAUGAACCCUGACAAAUCUUACAUCCUUGUCGGUGGUCUGGGAGGUUUCGGUCUGGAGCUGGCCGACUGGAUGGUGAAGCGCGGCGCCACCAAACUGGUGCUGACGUCACGAAGCGGUAUCAAGAGCGGCUACCAGGCGCUGUGUGUGCGCAGGUGGCAGGACUCCAAGGUGCAGGUUGUCGUGUCGACAGCUGACGUCACCAGCCUCAAGGGCGCCGAACAACUGAUCGCCGAAGCCAAGAAGCUCGGACCUGUCGGUGGUAUUUUCAAUCUUGCCGUCGUUCUGCGUGACGCCUUCAUGGAGAACCAGACUCCGGCUGACUUCGCCACCGUUUGCAAACCUAAGGUGGACGGUACCAAGAACCUAGACGUGGCCUCCCGCAAACUGUGCCCCGAGCUGGACUACUUCGUGGCCUUCUCGUCGGUGUCGUGCGGUCGCGGUAACGCCGGCCAGGUGAACUAUGGUCUGGCCAACUCGGCGAUGGAGCGCAUCUGCGAGGCCCGCCAAGCGACAGGCCUGCCCGGCGUGGCCAUCCAGUGGGGCGCCAUCGGUGACGUCGGUCUCAUCCUAGAGACCAUGGGCGACAACGAGACAGUGGUCGGCGGCACUCUGCCGCAGCGCAUGGCCUCCUGUCUGGCCACCAUCGACACCUUCCUGCAGCAGCCGCACCCUGUCCUCGCCUCCAUGGUGCUCGCCGAGAAGAGGCGCGGAGGUGGCGAUGCCAACCAAGUCAGUCUUACUGACGCUGUUGCCAACAUUCUAGGUAUUAAGGACACAAAGACAGUGAGCGGCUCGUCGACACUGGCCGACCUUGGCAUGGACUCGCUGAUGGGCGCCGAAAUCAAACAGACACUGGAGCGCAGCUACGACCUGGUGCUGAGUGCCCAGGAGAUCCGAGGCCUCACCUUUGGUCGCCUCCAGGAGCUCGCCUCCGGUGGAGCCAGUGAUGCCCCCGCACCCGCCGCCGCUGCACCCGCCACCAACGGAAAUGUCGAGGUUCAGUUCGAGAACGUUGGCGACAAGGAAUUGGUACCGAAACAGAUCAUCGUGCAGAUGCCGUCUAAGGCCAGCACUGGUGAGCCAGUGUUCAUCGUCCACCCGAUCGAAGGCUUUGUCACCGCUCUCAGGAAUGUGGCCGCCCAGAUCCCAAGGCCUGUCUGGGGCCUGCAGUGCACCAAGGACGCCCCACUCAAGUCCAUCCAAGACCUAUCAGCAUUCUACAUCCAGCAAAUCAAGUCCAAGCAGAAGCAAGGCCCCUACACACUGUGCGGCUACUCGUUCGGCGCGUGUGUGGCGUUCGAGAUGGGUCUGCAGCUGGAGAAGGCCGGCGAACAGGUGAGCCUCGUGCUGCUGGAUGGCUCGCACUCCUAUGUGGCCAGUCACACCGGCAACUACAAGUCACGUCAUGUCGACCCAUCGCAAGCCGAGGCCGACGCCCUCACCUACUUCAUCAUGCUCUUCAAGGAUGUCGACUACCAAAAGGUAACCACCAUCAUCAAUCAGUCAAAUAUCGAAUAUUUCAGUUGUAUAUUCAAGGAUGUCGACUACCAAAAGGUAACCACCAUCAUCAAUCUCAGUCAAAUAUCGAAUAUUUCAGUAUAUAUUCAAGUAUGUCGACUACCAAAAGGUAAUCACCAUCAUCAAUCUCAGUCGCAUAUCGAUUAUUUCAGUAUAUAUUCAAGGAUGUCGACUACCAAAAGGUAUAUAUUCAAGGAUGUCGACUACCAAAAGACACAAAAGGAAAUCCAGGGCGUUAAGAGCUGGGACGGCAAGGUGUCGAAGGCAGCUGAGCUGCUGAAGGGUGCCACGCCCUACUCGGAGAGUGAGCUGGCCGGCGCCGCACAGUCCUUCUUCCAGAAGUUGGUGGCAGCUGACAGCUAUCAGCCCAGCGGAAAGUACAACGGUCACGUCACACUCAUCAAGGCCCAAGACAACUUUGUCAACCUCGGCGAGGACUAUGGUCUAUCACCCAUCUGCAAGCGACCAGUCCAGAUACACUCACUGAAGGGAAACCACAGGCAAAUCGUACAAGGAGACAACGCAGUCAAAAUCGCUCAAUUCCUCUCAAAGUAAAUCGUUCACUAGUCAGUUGUAGGAAAUUAUAGACAAAUCAUCGAUACCCUCAUCUUUUUUUUAUUCAUCACAAACUGAAUAGUCAUUGGUAUUUUCGGAAUACCAACUAGUUUGCGAGAACUAUCGUUCUAAAUGAUUUGAAAAUGUAGUUUUGUAUAUUCGUAUACAAUUUGACGCUUGAAAAGCAAUUGAUUCUAAAUUGACAAAAAACUUACAAUUUGAUUGUAUUUUUGUAGAAAUUAUGAUUGGGGUAUUUAACGACUAAUUGCCUAUUGGUACAGAACUUAACAAAAACAGGGUCGUUAUUUAAUGUGAUAUGAACUGAAUUAUUACCGUUUUCUGUCAUUCUAACAAAGAGUUUGAGGAGCUCUGAAUCUCGAAUAUCUAUUUUUGACAAUAAUGAAUGUAGUCGUGCAUCUCAGUUCCUAUAAGCACAAAGAUUCUUAUUUAUUUGAGGGAAAGCUCGUUACGUUAUAGUGGGUGUAUCGCAAGAGUUGAAUAGUCUCUUGAUGUGUAAACGCACGUUGUAAAUUUUAUAUUUUGUAACUAAUUUUUACAUUCGUUGUUAUUUUUGUAGCUAUUUAUAAAUACCUGUGUUAUUAUUAUUGUUAAACUUAUUGGCCGAACAGUGCAUUUAUAAUUUGUUCGAGUGUAUAUUUUUUCAAGUUGUUAUAACUUCUGUUAGAGCUAGAUGAAAUUUAGUAAGGUGUAGUUUCCAGAGAAGAUUCAAAAUUUUGGGGUAAUUUACUUAUGCGCACACAAUUAUAGCCAAGUCACAGACUUUUUGAUUUAUGAAAACUCAGUUUGGUGUAAUUUCAUUCUAUUUCGAUUCAAAAUCGAUUCGAAAAAUAUUAAAUAUUUUUUUGAAAAUCUUUAUCUGUUCGUAAUUUGAAGAAAUUAUAAUUAUUGUAUUUAGGUGAUAGCAAAUUGAUUACAUUCAAUGUGAUGGUGUAAAUAGUUUUGUAUUGACUCUGUGAUUGAUUAUUUUUGUGUAUAUUGCUCAAUUCUUCUGUUAAUAUUGGCUCUACUUAAUUUGGUUGUUUUCAUUAUUCGUAUAACUCUUAUUGUCUUGAUCAUCUAUGAUCCUUUCUAUCAAUCUUUAUGUAAAUUUCAAUCUAACUUCUUGAUAAUUAAAAAUGUAAUCAUUCUUCCGUUUCGGAUAAAGUGAUUAAAUCGCCAAUAAAAUAAGAU